GCUCGGUCCCAGCCCCGCGGCGGUCUCGGCAGGAUGCGGAGCCGGGGCAGGAAGGAGAGUCUGGCCGAGUCCAGGGACCUGGACGGCUCCUACGACCAGCUGACGGGUAACCCGCCCGGCCAAACCAAAAAAGCCCUGAAGCAGCGACUCCUCAGGCUGCUGCCCUGCUGCAGGCCCCAAUCCAUCCCCUCAGUCAGCGAAAACAGCGUGGAGGACGAGUUCGAACUCUCCACCGUUUGCCAUCGCCCUGAGGGGCUGGAGCAGCUGCAGGAACAGACCAAGUUCAGCCGCAAGGAACUGCAGGUCCUGUACCGGGGCUUCAAGAACGAGUGCCCGACUGGCCUAGUUAACGAAGAGAACUUCAAACAGAUCUACUCCCAGUUCUUCCCGCAGGGAGACUCUGGCACGUACGCCGCUUUCCUCUUCAACGCGUUCGACACCGACCAUGACGGCUCGAUCAGCUUCGAGGACUUCGUGGCUGGCUUGUCCGUGAUUCUCCGAGGCACCAUAGACGACCGGCUCAGCUGGGCCUUCAACCUCUAUGACCUGAACAAAGACGGCUGCAUCACCAAAGAGGAAAUGCUGGACAUCAUGAAAUCCAUCUACGACAUGAUGGGCAAAUACACGUACCCGGCCAUGCAGGAGGAGGCCCCCCGGGAGCACGUAGAGAACUUUUUCCAGAAGAUGGACCGGAAUAAGGACGGGGUGGUCACAAUCGAGGAGUUCAUCGAGUCAUGUCAGAAGGAUGAGAACAUCAUGAGAUCCAUGCAGCUCUUCGACAACGUGAUCUAGCCUCUGCCGGCCCCGCCACCGGGCCAAGCUCCUGUUUCU